GUCUGGCAUCUUCUCCAUGUGUUUGUGGUAGUAAAAUGUGACGUGGGCUUUUGUGUGUUAAUUAUUAGCUUCUGUAGUAAAGGCUUCUGUAGUAAAGGCUUCUGUGAACAAGGACCGCGUCCCGACACGUAAGGUGUUGAACAUGAGCACCGGAACUCCUUAUAUAGGCAGUAAAAUCAGCCUCAUCUCCAAAGCCCAGAUCCGCUAUGAGGGGAUUUUAUACACUAUUGAUACCGACAACUCCACUGUGGCUCUGGCUAAAGUGAGGUCCUUUGGUACCGAGGGACGACCUACAGACCGACCCGUACCUCCACGAGAUGAGGUUUUUGAUUACAUCAUCUUCAGAGGAAGUGACAUCAAAGACAUUACUGUCUGUGAGCCACUGAAGCUACACCCCGGUCUGCCUCAGGAUCCUGCGAUCGUCCAGUCAUCUGUAGGUAGUUCGUCUUUACCGUAUGGCCCUCAGGGUGGUUACAGUCCCUACAGGAGCAUGAUGCCACCUUAUAACCCCCUUGCUGCUAGUUCACUGCUCAAUCAGCAAUAUGCUGCUGCACUCAGCUUGGGAGCCGGACUGCAUGGCCCUCUAAGAAGAGGUCCCAUGGUGGAGCAGGCUGUCCAGACGGUGCCUGCUGAAAACCCAGCUCCGAAAAAAGGCUUGGUGUCACAGCAGCAGGGCCGUGAGGGUGGCAGGGUGCAGCGAGGCAGAGGAAGUCCUCAAACACAGAGGAGUGCCAUGUCUGCGAAUGCUCAGCAAGGAGAAGGGCAAAAUCAAUCUAAUGAUGAAAACAGACCACCACAGAGGAGGAGACAAGGUAAUCGCCGAUCCCGGAAUCGCAACCGAGGUCAGAUUAUCGUAGCCAACACAAAGCCCACCACCCUUCAGUUCGAGUCGGAUUUCGAUUUUGAAACGGCUAACGCGCAGUUCAACAAGGACGAGCUGAUCAAGGAAGCUGAAGACGAGACCGAAGUCAAAGGUAAAGAGGAGAAAGAGAAGUCCGACUCUGGAGUGGAGACUCAGAACAGUGAGGGAGCUGCAGAUGAGGAUCCUUUAGGCCCAAAGUGCUUCUACAACAAGGCCAAAUGCUUCUUUGACAACAUCUCUUCAGAACUUAAAUCAAGGCGUACGACAUGGGCAGAGGAGCGCAAACUGAACGUGGAGACGUUCGGAGUUCCCGGUCGCUUCCUGAGAGGCCGUGGGUUUCGUGGUGGGUUCAGAGGGAGGAGAGGAAGAGGGAUGACUCAGCACAUCUCUGCUCAACCAGCUGUCGGAAGCGGUAGAGUGUGACAGAUCUUGACGGAUUCUUCAGAUAGCCACCAAGUGGUUUUGUAAAUAAGAAUUUUCUCCUCCCUUUGUUUUCCCUUUCUAAUGACUUUGUAAUUUCAGUUGGAGUCUUGCACUUAAACUGUAAUUAAAUAUUUUUUUAUUUGUUUGUCCAAAGGCAGCUUUUUUUUUUUUUGUUCGUUAUUGCUGCCUUCACUAGUGAAAUGUUUCUAAAAUGUUUGCACAAACUGAACUGCACAUUAAUUUGAUCUAUCGACAUUUGAUUCUAAGUAAAGCUCUUUUAUUUAUGCUUUAUGAUGGAAGUAAUAUCGGAAUUGCAGAAUGUAGAUUUGAUUAUCAAUGUCAGCCUUUGGCAUUUGUUCCCCGAACAUUGAUUAAAGAGGCUUUUUGUUUUGUUUCCUUUAUUUUUGCUUUGCAUUUGAAUUAACUGGGGACUUUGUACAAAAAAAGGAACCAUUGUUAAUAAAUUGGAAAAUGGCUGAUAAACCUCAAA